GCCAUGCUACGCCGUUUAUGGCUAGCGUUAGCGACAGCGAGGUCAACGUGGGGAACCUUCCAACCUCAAACUAGCUUGGUUUGGUGGUAUCAGUCAUCAUGUCGUUUUGUUUUAACUUUGACCUUCCAGCACAAACAACAACCCACGACGAAGAGGAUGGAAAUAAACAAGAAAACGGAAAGAAAGAUAAUGAUGCUGAAUGUACAGAAGAUAGUAACAAAACAGCAAGGCCGGUUAAAGAGGCCAAAAAGCACCUUCCACCAUCUGACCCACACUUCCUCCUCAUGAAUGUUGUUUUUGAAACAGUUACCAUCGGAACUCUUCCUCCUCUGCACUUCCUCAAUGAGACCGUCUUUGAAAGGACAGCCCCGGAGAGAGAGGACAAGGAGAAAAUUCUUUCUCACAGUGCAGAGCAGAAGUCUGACCUCAUCUCUGGCUUGUACGAGGGAGGCCUGAAGGUGUGGGAGUGCACUUAUGACCUUCUGGAACUGAUUGAGAAAGAUGGAGAGACAUUUAGGGGAAAGGCAGUUUUGGAUUUGGGCUGUGGAGCAGGUCUGUUGGGAAUUCUGGCUCUAAAGAGAGGAGCCAGGCAGGUUUACUUCCAAGAUUAUAAUGGUACAGUCAUUGAACAGCUCACAGUUCCAAAUGUAUUGCUAAACCUUCAAGAGGAUGAUGAGGUGGACAGCGACAAUGACCAAAAAGGGAAGGACGAGGGAAAAAUCCAAGUGAAAGAGGAUCGGAAAAAGGAUGAAAAAAAGGAUGGCAGCCCACUUCCUAAAAAAAGUGCUAUGGACCUUUCCCAGCAUCCGUUACUCAAGAAAUGUCGUUUCUUUUCUGGUGACUGGAGAACCUUUCAUCCUUUGGUUCUCAAGGUUGACUCACAGCCCAAAUUUGACAUAAUAUUGACCUCAGAGACUAUCUACAACACUGAGUACUACCCAGCUCUGCAUGAGACCCUCCACAAGCUGCUGGCGCCUGAUGGUCUGGUCUACCUCGCCACCAAAUCACACUACUUUGGUGUUGGUGGUGGGCUACAUCUCUUUGAAACAUUUGUGGAGCAGAGGGGAAUUUUCUCUCUGGAUCACUUGUGGGACGGAGAAGAUGGCCUCCAGAGACAUGUAGUAGAGCUGCAUUUCAAAAAGCCAAAGGACACCUGAUCAAGGACUGUCUGGGACUCUAUGUUGAAACUGAUGUAUU